AUGGCCACCUACAAUACUCUCCCCGUCUCCGCCGACGUCGAGGCCGAUAAGCCGCUCCUGAGCCGCGACAUUAAGGUCAACGCCAAGACGCUCAUCGGCGGCGCCGCCAUCGCGGCAUUCGUGCUCGGCGCGCUGGCCGCGACGGCCGUGUCGACGACGCCCAGUAUUCGCGGCGCGGACUUCCACUCGUCGUCGUCCGGCGACCUCGUGCAGAUCGCGGACGCGCGCACAAACACAAAAUGCAUGGAAGUUUUAGCCCCCUACAAGAACGGGAAGAUUGGCGUUAAGCCGUGCAACGGUAAGCAGUCUCAGCUCUUCCAUUACAACGAGCACAAGGGGCAGAUCCGCUUCACUAAUUACAAAGGCGAGGAGUUUUGCGUCGAUGCGUUAGGUGGGGGGUCGUUCAGAGCCGGCGAUUCCAUCGGUCUUUAUAAAUGCAAAUCUGGGGAUAAGAAUUCGAUUUGGACGACGACCAGUGAGCAAGCCAUCGUUCUCAAGUCGAAGUUCCAGGGCGAAACGAUUUGCAUGACGCAAGAGGGAUCGUCGGUUAAGGGCGGCACGGAAUGCAGCUCUAAGUACGGUCUCCCAAGCACGGCCCAGUGGAACAUCCAAAAGCCGUCGAAGCCGGCGCCGGCGCCGACCCCGUCUCCCGGCGGCCAGUCGUGCGGCAAAGUCUGCUUCAAGGACAGCGACUGCCUCACGUCCGGUGGUUUCGGUUGCACGCGGUGCUCGUCCUACGACACCGGCGCCCACGGCACCUGCUACUAA